ACCACCUCAGUUUCCCCCAUACAUUGUUGCAGUUCAGCGGUGCUAUCGGCGGUGGUAAAGUAGCUAUGGCUGCAAAUAUGUUUGUGGUUCCUCAGACAAGAGGUACUGUCUUGUGUUGCAAGUGUGGUAUUCCAAUGGCACCAAAUCCUGCCAACAUGUGUGUGACAUGUUUGCGGUUGGAAGUUGACAUCACAGAAGGUUUACGAAAGCAUGUGAUCAUUAUGUAUUGUCCUGAGUGUGAAAGCUACUUGCAGCCCCCUCGUACUUGGAUAAAAGCUCAAUUGGAAUCGAAGGAACUUUUGACAUUUUGUGUUAAACGACUGGAGAGUGAUUUGAAAAAGGUUAGGCUAGUAAAUGCUGAAUUUAUUUGGACUGAACCUCAUUCUAAGAGAAUCAAGGUCAAGCUGAAAGUUCAGAAGGAGGUUCUUAAUGGAGCAAUUCUGGAGCAAUCUUACGUUGUUGAGUAUGUUCAACAAGAUCACAUGUGUGAAUCUUGUACAAGAUUUCAGGCCAAUCCUGACCAGUGGGUGGCUGCAGUGCAGCUCAGACAGCGUGUUCCACACAGGAGAACUUUCUUUUAUCUGGAGCAGCUUAUUCUGAAGCAUGAUGCUGCUGUCCAUGCCAUUAAAAUUAAGCAGAUGGAUCAAGGUAUUGAUUUUUUCUUUGGAAACAGGAGUCAUGCUGUGAAAUUUGUCGAAUUUGUGGGUAAAGUUGCUCCAACAAAGAGUAGACAUGACAAACAGCUUGUUUCUCAUGAUCCUAAGAAUAAUAACUACAAUUAUAAGUACACAUUCUCUGUUGAAAUAUCCCCCAUUUGCCGUGAGGAUUUGAUUUGUUUGCCUCCAAAAGUUGCUGCUAGUUUGGGGAAUCUUGGUCCACUUGUGAUCUGCACAAAAGUGACAAACAAUAUUACAUUGCUGGAUCCUUUUACUCUGAGGCAGUGUUUCUUGGACACUGACCAGUAUUGGAGGCAUUCCUUUAAGUCUCUACUUGGUAGCAGGCAGCUGGUGGAAUAUGAUGUUUUUAACGUUGAAGUUGUUUCUCCUGAAUAUAAUGUUGGGGGCUCCAAAUAUGUUUUAGCAGAUAUUGAGGUGGCUCGUAUAACUGAUUAUGGAAAGUUGUUUUACAUAAGAACACAUCUAGGCCAUAUUUUAAAGCCUGGAGAUCGUGCUCUUGGUUAUGAUCUUUAUGGGGCUAACAGUAAUGAUAUGGAACUAGACAAGUAUAAAGGACUUGUUCUUCCGGAGGCGAUUUUGAUAAAGAAGAGCUAUGAAGAGAAGCGCCAAAAGAAGCGUGGGAAGCCUCGUUCGUGGAAGCUGAAGUCCCUUGAUAUGGAAGUUGAUGAUACUAAAGGUAGAGCUUAUGAAGAGAAAAUGAACUCAGAGUACGAAGAGUUCUUGAGAGAUCUGGAAGAGAACCCUGAAUUAAGGUUCAACUUAUCACUGUACCGCAACAAAGAUUACCAGCCAUCAGAAAUGGCAUCAGCGUCUGAAGGGGAUGAUAUGCCUUCUGUUCCACUGGAAGAGUUGCUUGCUGAUCUUGAUUUGAGUGAACAGGAAGAUGGUGAAGAUAGCAUGAGGGAAUGAUUUAAGUUGUCUUUUUCUUGUACUUUUUCUGAGUCUUGCCUUAAUAUGAUGUUUGAGUUAUUGCUUUGUGUUCUCAGUUUAUCUUUUUUUUUUUUUUUUUUUGUGAUAAAGUAUAUAAAUAGUAGAAUCAAUUUUGUUACUACCCAGGAUCAAACCGGGGACCUUUAAGCGUGUAAGCCUACAUAAAUAUAAAAAAAAACUGCGUUAUUUCUGUUUGUUUGGAGAA